UCUACGCCGUACGAUAGGAAGGAACAAAAAAAAGAGAGAAACAGCGGUUAUUGACAUCCAUCCACUUUCUCCGGGAUUGUAACGGGAUUUCAAUGAACAGCCUGCUCUUUUGUUUCUGUGUUGAUUUGGGCCGCACAUUUAUGGCGUUUGCGAGCGUCAGCGGAGACUUCUGCCAGGCACAGCACCUCGUCUUCGUGGACAAGUGAACCGGCGGCCCCCCACUCAGAGACUACGCUACCCAGAAGCCCCCCUGAAGCACACUGGCACUGAGUCUGCUUUGUUCCUACUGCCCCACUGGGAUCACGUGUAGUCCGUGGCUUAAACUCCCCUGUGCAGGCAUUAAAAGCAUCCCAUAACCUGACUGCUACCUUACUCUCACUUCAGCCAGUCAGAACACCUCUCUGAAUGGGGUAAUCUGCUGUAAUUGUCUGAUUGGAUGUCUGAAGGAUAGUCCCCCAUAUUUUCCUUUCUUUUUUCUUUUUUUUCUCCCAGGGGUUGUGGACUAGAUAACCCCUCAUUUAUUCUUUUUAAUAUUCCUUUAGUUCAAAUUCUGUUGCCAUUCUUUUGCCAUCUUGUAAUUUAACAUUUUUUUUUAUUUAAGUUUAUUAUUAUUUCUACUCAAAACCUCACUGGGAUCUGAGCCAAAGUCUUUUAUAAUUCUGUAAUUUUUUGCAGCCUCUUUGUUUUUGAGGGGGGCUUUUUUUCUGGAGUAUUUUGUAUUUUUCAUUUAAACUGCCAAGAUGAACCGUCCUGCCCCCGUCGAGAUAACGUAUGAAAGCAUGAGGUUCCUGAUCACCCACAACCCCACCAAUGCACAGCUCGGCAAGUUCACUGAGGAGCUGAAGAGGUUUGGGGUGCAGACGCUGGUGCGGGUGUGCGAUGCCACCUAUGACAAGGCUCCGGUGGAGAAGGAGGGGAUCCAGGUCCUGGAUUGGCCCUUUGAUGACGGUGCCCCACCCCCUAACCAGAUUGUGGAUGAUUGGCUGAACCUGCUGAAAACUAAAUUCCGGGAGGAGCGCGGCUGCUGCAUCGCGGUGCACUGCGUGGCAGGACUGGGCCGAGCCCCUGUGCUGGUGGCCUUAGCCUUAAUCGAAUGUGGGAUGAAGUACGAGGAUGCGGUCCAGUUUAUCCGGCAAAAGAGACGUGGAGCCUUCAACUCCAAACAGCUACUUUACCUCGAGAAAUACCGACCCAAGAUGCGUCUCCGCAACGGUCAUAACUGCUGCGUUCAGUAGAGGGUCGCUCAGUUUCCUGGGAGGAGACUAAAAGGAAAACAAAGAAUGCUGUUAGUGAUAAGUCUAAUUGUAAUAAUGAGUCCAGGAUAUUGAUUACAGAAAAAGGGCAGGUCUUUGUGGAUUCACCAGCUGAACAAGAAGGUCAAAGCACACAGAAUGGGCCAUCUCCUGGGCAACAGGGCCAUCUCCUGGGCAACAGAGCCCAGCCAUGAGUUCAGAGCUUAAACACACAAGUCACACCUGGUUACUGGGGGCCCAGCACGGGCCAGGGUUUUUAAACACAAGCACCGCUUGGUGGCCAGCUUCCAAUCAUGGACCAGAGUUUUAACACACAUGUUCUACACGGUCACCAGUGUUCAAUCAUGGGAGAGCUUCUUUUUUAGCACAGAAAAGCUGAACAAUGCUGUAAAGAUCUAUAUGUGUGUAAGCCUCGUUAGUGUCGUGAAGGAUAGCAUUAUGACACUUUUGGUUUUUUUUUUUUUUGGUUUUUUUUUUUUUGUAUUAUGGACGGUCCUGGAUCUGCCGGAGGGUGGAGUGUGUACCCGUUUAUUUCUGUCCACCCUGAAACCCAGUAACACACACACCUGCUCUCACAUGCAAACACACACACGCACGCACAAGCGAACGCUCUCUCUCUG